AUGGCUCUGCGUGGUCAGUUCGAUGCGAAUGAUGAUGUUGGCGUCUUUUGCAAGCUCACAAACGCAUAUUGCCUUGUUGGUAUUGGAGCUUCAGAGAACUUCUACAGUAUGGUGGAAGGUGAAUUAGCAGAUGUGAUACCAGUGGUGCAUUGUUCCAUCUCAGGGCUGCGUAUUGUUGGUCGUGUAACUGUUGGCAACAGACAUGGUUUACUUGUGCCGAACGCAACUACAGAUCAGGAACUGCAGCACCUUAGAAAUAGUUUGCCAGAUUCAGUUCAAAUCAGAAGAAUUGAUGAGAGGUUAUCAGCUCUGGGUAACGUUAUUGCAUGUAAUGAUCACGUUGCUAUUGUGCACGCGGAAAUCUCAUCUGAAACUGAACAGGUUGGAACUUAUUCCGCUCUGAAUUCAAAAGGAGCACUAGUCCCAGCCAAAACUCCUCCAGAAACUCAAAGAGAAAUAGCUGCUCUGUUGCAAAUCCCAGUUGUUGCUGGUACAGUUAAUAGAGGAAUCGAGUUGAUAGGUGCAGGUUUGUGUGUGAACGAUUGGAUCGCGAUCACAGGCCUUAAAACCACCAGUACGGAGUUAUCAGUCAUUGAGUCAAUAUUCAAAUUAACUGAUUAUCAGCAUAAUGAAGCUUCUUCAUCAGCCAUCACAAACGAACUUCGUGAAACACUCAUAGAAAGUCUUAUUUGA